GGCUGCUGGCUAUCAAGACGCGCGUCCAAAGGGCGCCUCUCCGUAUCUGGGCUCGUGGUUCAAAGUGUGCGCCGCGCGCUCCUCUUACAAGGCGAGCGGCGCUCAGCGGACGCAACAGUCACACACCCGCCGUUGGACUCCCAUCUCCUGCCAACAGGCUGUCCGCCAGCGAGCAGAUUGAGCAGUCGACAUGACGACGCCGAGGGAGCGCAUUGGGAUCCAGCUGGCGCCGCUGACCCAGCAGCAGCAGCAGCUGGCGCGCGAGGAGCUGCGGGAGACGCCGGAGAACGUAGCAGAGGCCGUGGUGGCGCUGAGGGAGCUGCUCAGGGCUGACCCGACGCUGCACUACAGAGAUGACGACGACUUCCUCAUCCGCUUCCUGCGGCCAACCAAGUACUACCCUAAGAGCGCCCACGAGCUGAUGAAGCGGGCGGCGGUGUUCAAAGACAAGCACAGCGACCUGCUGCGGAACCUGCUGCCCACGGACGAGCAGGACGCCUUCGUCAACCACACCGUGGUCAACGUGUUGGCCGACCGCGACCACAAGGACCGCCGCGUGCUCAUCGUCAACUGCGGAGGUUCGUGGGACCCAAGUAAAGUGACGGCGUACCAGAUGUUCAAACUGUUCUACCUCAUCCACGAGGGCGCUAUGCUGGAGCCGCAGACGCAAGUGGCCGGCGUCGUCGUGAUAAUGGACUUCAAGAACAUGUCACUCAAACAGGUCCGCGGUCUCUCGCCGUCCUUCUCCAUGCUCCUGCUCUCGUUUAUACAGGAUGCCAUGCCGCUGAGACUGAAGGAGGUGCACAUCGUAAAACAGCCGUACAUUUUCAACAUGGUGUUCGCCAUGUUUAAGCCGUUCAUCAGGGAGAAACUGAGGAACAGGAUGUUCUUCCACGGUGACAAAAUGGAAUCACUGCACAAGCACCUCGACCCCAGCCACCUUCCUGAGGACUAUGGUGGCAAGCUGCCGAAAAUUGACUACACAAGCAAAGACUGGUACCCAGUAAUUUGUGAUAUUACGGAUGAAAUUAAAGAGUGGAACUCGUACGGCCUGGUGCAGCAGAGCAAGUGACGAGUGACUUGCGACAUCCGCCGCAGUAUCGGCCCCUGCGCAGGAAUUUCUCAUUUUGUGUUCAAACAAAUUUAUACAUUCCUUUUAAUGUGAUGUUCCUUAUAUUACUACAUUAAAUAUAUAAGUACUUUUGUA